GGGCCCCUGGGAUCCCCACAGUCCCCUCCCCUGGGGUUCAGGGCCCCCAGCUGGGGAGAGAACCCAGGAGUCCUGGCUCCCAGCCCCCCCAACGGGAUAGGAUCCAGGAGUCCUGCCUCUCCCCCCCCAGCCGGGGAUACAAGUCUGUGUGCGCUGCCCCCUGUAACAUGGGGGGUGGGCAUGUGUCUCCCGCUCCCAGCACUGCGCAGGGUGGAUGUACAGCGCAGGGGGGAUUGGAGUCACGGCCCAGCCCUGCCCGGCCCCGCCCAUGGAGAGGCCCCCCCCACUGUCCCCGGGAGUCGCGGGGACUCGCCCUCAGCAGAGCGGGGUCUAUGACCUGGGACGGGCAGGUCCGGCACUGCCCAGCAGGGGGCAGCGCAGCUCUGGGAGCGGGACCCAGGACAGGGGAGUUCGGAUCGGAGCCAGAGCUGGAAAUUCAGCACCUUGCUGGAUCUCUGACCCGGACCAAGAUGACAAGCUGCGGCCUCCUGAACAGUUCCAACAAGCCGGUGCCCCUGCGCAGCGGCUCGGUGACGGUGCUGAUCCGAGGCUUCGUGGCAGACGUGGGCUGCGAGCUGCUGUACAGGAACGAGGAGCCAGGGCCAGUGGAGGCCGUGUUCGUGUUCCCCGUGGACGCUGAGGCGGCCGUCUAUGCCUUCCAGGCCCGCCUCGGGGGCACCUGCAUGCAGGCCCAGCUCCGUGAGAAGAAACAGGCACAAGAGCUGUACGGGGAUGCGCUGGCCGGGGGGCAGAGCUCAUUCUUGCUGCAGCAGGAGGGGACUGGAGGCGACAUUUUCAGCUGCUCCCUGGGUAACCUGCCCCCUGGGGAGGAGGCGGCGCUGACCCUGCGCUACGUCUGCGAGCUGCCGCUGGAGCCCGAUGGAGCCGCCCGCUACAUGCUGCCAGCCGUGCUGCGUCCCCGCUACACGCCCCAUGGGUGGGAUGGGGAGGACGUCACCCAGGGGGUCCCGCGAGUCCCCCAGGGGGAGCUGCCCUACACCCUGAGCCUGAGCGUCACGCUGCAGUCGCCCCACAGCAUCGACCGUGUGCUCUCCAACUGCUCCCUCACCCCCCUGAGCUACAUGGCUGGGAACUGGACCACCGCCCAGGUGUCUCUGGCUGAGGCCCCGCCGUGGGACCGAGACGUGGAACUGCUGGUGUAUUACGUGGAGCCGCACAAACCCAGCGCGGUGCUGGAGGAUGGGUUGCCCGGAGCAGAACCAGGCUCCCUGAUGGGCAACCCGGCCGUGAUGGUGACCCUGCUGCCCAGCCUGCCUGAGGCGGUGCCAGGCCAGAGCUCGGCCGGAGAGUUCAUCUUCCUGCUGGACCGCUCUGGCAGCAUGGGGUGCCCCAUGGACGGCCGAGACCGCUCCCGCCAGCGCAUCGACAGCGCCAAGGAGACCCUGGUCCUGCUCUUGAAGAGUUUGCCCCUGGGCUGUUAUUUCAACAUCUACGGCUUUGGGUCUCGGUUCGAGUCCUUCUACUCGCAGAGCGUGGGAUACACCCAACAGACGAUGGCCGAGUCCCUGCAGCGCAUCCAGCAGCUCCAGGCCGACCUGGGGGGCACAGAGAUCUUGGCACCGCUACGAGCCAUUUACUGCAGCCCCUGUCAGGAUGGGCACCCACGCCAGCUGUUUGUGUUCACGGACGGGGAGGUGGGGAACACCAAGGACGUCAUCACUGAGGUGCAGCGUCACCGGGGGGCCCACAGGUGCUUCUCCUUCGGUAUUGGGGAAGGGGCCUCCACGUCUCUGGUCAAAGGCAUCUCCCGGGCAGCAGGGGGCAGCGCCGAGUUCAUCACAGGCCAGGACCGCAUGCAGCCCAAGGCGCUGCAAUCUCUGAAGCGGGCUCUGCAGCCGGCCGUGACCGGGCUCUCGCUGAGCUGGGAUCUGCCCCGUGGGAUGGAGGCGGUGCUACUGGGCCGGGGCCCUGAGGUGAUCUUCCCUGGGCAGCGGUGCCUCAUCUACGCCCAGCUCCGUGGGCAGCCCCAGCCCCCAGACACUGCCAUGGGGGGCGUCACCCUGCAGUACCGCAUCCAGGACCAGACCUACAAGGAGACCCUGCAGUUCCCCCGGCAGCCACAGGAUGGAGACAGGCUGCCCGUUCACCGGCUGGCAGCCAAGUCGCUGCUGCUGGAGCUGGAGGGGGCCGUGGACAGCGGGUCAGAGGGGGACCGGCGCCGGGUGCUGGAGACCAGCCUGAGCUCGGGGGUCGUCUGCUCCCUCACGGCCUACGUGGGGGUGGACACGGAGCGGGGGCAACCGGUGCAGGGGCCGCUGGUGAGACGGGACAUCCCGCUGACAGGCUUCGGGGCCGCACCGCGCAUGCGGAAUUUGCGGUGUUCCCUCGCGAGCUGUUCCGCUCUGCGCCCAUGGCUCGGGCCCGAGGGUUCUCCGGAGUGUCCAUGGCCUGCGACUUUGACAACAGCUCGGAGGUGCAAGUUGAGAGCCGCCGCCCCCGCGUCCUUCUCCAGGGCACUCACCCCCAGAGCUCCCCAUGGCCAGUACCAGCUAUCUCCCCCCCCCGCGCCGCUCCUCUUGUCUCCCUCACCAUCCCAAAGUUCAGGCAGGGGAGCCCGAGGCACAAGGUCAAGUCCUGCAAAUACAGCGCCCCGCCGGAGACCGCAUCCCAGAAAGGUGAGGGGGCCAGGGGCUGGGAGUCAGGACUCGGGACGGGCGGCAAACCCCAGGAUGACGCUUCAUCGGGUCAGAGACAGACGUGCCCUGACGGUCCCGGAGCUGGGCAAGUGUUUAACAGCUACAUAGAAAGUGAAGGAACUUCCUGGGCAAAACACUGCUGUGACGCUGGGGGAGGGGCAAUCCGCAGCUGGGUUUUUUAAGUGUUGGGACGCAAAUGAUCUUGCAACAAAAUGGAAAAAAAAGGAAACUCCCAGGCAAUAAACUUCGUGAAGCUGGAAUUUGGGGUGUGAGUUUGUAUCAAUGAGCUAAGGCGGGGGAACUGGGCAGCAGAGGGGGUAAUCAGUCACUUUUUAGUAACAGAAAUGUCGCUGAGCAGUUUUCUCUGAGAUGGGCACACAGCUAAAUUCCCAGACAAAAAUACCUUGUGAAGCUGGGCCCAGGCUUGGAUGUUUGUACGGGUAAGUUCAGAGGCACAGAGCGUGGUUGGCCCGGUCUGGUUUCUAAACGAAGAAGCCCACGAGAGGCAGAAAUUUUAAAGUUAAGGUUCCCCUUAAAACCUGAAUUUGAAGAGUCUGGAAAUACAAACUUGCUGUAACCCAGGUAACCUUAACUCUGCUUCAUAACCCUGGCCCAGGCAUGGCUAUAAUAUCGUAUAGACUGUGUAACAUCCCAUCUCUCCUAUACCCUUAGACACUUCUGUGUCUCCCUGGACGUAGGUCUGUAUCGCAGGUUGUAGUACAGGAUGGUCCCGGGGUCAGAUUGUGUUUGAGAAACACCCUGGGGUUGUGAGAUUAAUGACUGGGGCUGAGACAUUCACGGGGCCCAAGGGACUUUGGUUCCCAACUCCAACUGCAAAUUAAUUGUCAUCCCAUGGGUGCAGGAAGGGGCAGAGUUAAGGGUGCCCACGGAGAGAUUAAGGGUGCAGAGGAGCAGAUAAAGGAUGCCCAGGGAUGGGGCAGAGUUAAGGAUCCCCAUGGAUAGGCAGAGUUAAGGAUGCAUGGAGGGUAACAGUUAAGGUUGUUGGCUGUCCCCCAGCCUGGACAGGCCACACUGCUGUUCUGUACCCAUAACCCUGUGCAAGUGCCAUCUCACCACGUCUCUCCCUAGAGCGGGCACUGGAGGAGUCUCCCCUACUGAGGCUGGUGUCUCUGCAGAAUGCUGAUGGCUCGUGGGACCUGGACCCCCAGCUGGCCGCUGCGCUGGGGGUGAGCGAGACUGACGCCAGGGGGAGGAUGCCCA